AUGGAAGAUAUGGAUGACCCUUCAGCUGAUGAAAAUGAAAUUGAUCACACUGUAGAAGAACGAAUAGAAAAAGAUGAUUCACUUCAUUCAAAUCAACAACAAAAUCAACAAAUUCAAACAAAUCAACAAACAUCUGAAUUUAAUGAAGAACAAUUACCUGAUUUAAAUGAUAAUCAUUCAAAUGCUUUAGAUGAAAAACCAUCUUUACUUGAUUUUUUUCGUGAUCAUAUAUCACCAUUUUCUGGUCAUGAAAAUGCAUAUCAAUGGUUUAUUCAACUUGAUUCAACAUUUUCUAAUUUGAAAUUAUCAUUUGAUGAAUGUCUUAAAAUUCUUCCAUAUUUUUUCGUUGGUCGAUCAAUGAUUUGGUAUAGUUUGAACAAACACAAAAUAAAUUGUUAUACAGAUGUUUGUCAAUUAUUUACCCUUGAAUAUAUUAAUACUAAACAAACACCUGAUUCUCAUAUUUCUUCACAAUGUUCAAAUAGACAUUCUUUAAUUAAUUCACAAGUUAUUAACAAUAAAGAUUUUAUUGAUAAACCUACUGAUCAUUCAGGUAAUAUCACAACAACACUUACUCAUCAUCACAUUCCAUCAACUGAUUCAAAUAAUUCAACUUUAUCUCAUUCCACAUCAUCACCAAUAUCAAAAGCAUUAAUUGAUAAAUUUGUAAAAGAUCCUAUAAAAUUCUAUGGGGGAAAAGAUAGUGUUAUUAAUUGGUUAGAUGAAAUUGAACAACAAUUUCAUAAUAUGCAAUUAUGUGAAUCAGACAAAUUAAAUUUAAUUCAAAUCUGUUUAAAAGGUGAUGCUCAACAAUGCUAUCGACAAAAUAAAAAAUAUUUUACUUCUUGGUCACAAUUUGUAACAGAAAUAAAAAAAUCCUAUCAUUCUAAUCUGCAACGAGAUAUAGCAUUUAAAAAACUUCAACAAUAUCAUCAAACACCUCAUCAAUCAGUUUUCUAA